GUCCAUUACUGAAAUUUCAAAAUAAUGGCCCUACUAUGAAUCAGUAUAAAGCUAAUUUCAAUGUACAAUUUAUUCAAAUCUAAAACUAUUUUAUAUGUGCACUAAGUCCUUGUUAAUAAUUCUAUCCUUGUCUUGUCUGUAGUUAGUCAAAGUGGGUGAACCAAUUAAAUGAUUACAAAUCAAGUUGUACUCACAGUAAAAUCCUUAGCAGGAAAAUAUCAACCACAUAUUAACCAGUAUCUCUGCAUAAAUAACUCUCUCACUACUAGCUACAUCAUCUAAAAUUUAAUAUGGAGCAAUGGAAAGACCUAACCGGAAAAGUAGUGAUGGUUACAGGGGCAUCCUCGGGUAUCGGGGUAGAGUUCUGUCUCGACUUGGUGAAAGCCGGUUGCAGGAUCAUUGCUGCAGCUCGUCGUGUUGACAAGUUGAAAACUCUCUGCGAUAAGAUUAACUCGGAGGGACAAGCCCCCCGUGCAUUCGCCCUUGAGCUUGAUGUCACUGCUGAUGGUGCUACUAUUGAGGCUGCUGUACAAAUAGCUUGGGACGCCUUUGGACGUAUUGAUUCCUUGGUUAACAAUGCUGGAGUUCGAGGUAGUACAAGUUCUUCACUGAAUUUGUCAGAGGAGGAGUGGGAACAUACUUAUAAGACGAAUCUAAGAGGGGCAUGGCUGGUCUCAAAAUAUGUUUGUAAACGUAUGCGCGAUGCUAAACAAGGCGGAGGAUCUGUUAUUAAUAUAACCUCAAUAGCUGCUCUGAAUAGAGUACUAGUAGGAGGGACUCUUGCUUACGCUUCUUCAAAGAUGGCUCUCGACAUGGUCACUAAGAUAAUGGCACUUGAAUUAGGAGCAGACAAUAUUCGAGUGAACUCAAUAUCGCCAGGAAUAUUCAAAUCUGAGAUAACAGAGAGCCUUCUUCAACAGGAAUGGUUCCAUAAGUUUCUUUAUAAAACUCAUCCUCAGAGAUUUAUUGGAAAGACAGAUCCGGCUUUAACAACACUGCUCCGGUAUUUGAUCCAUGAUUCUUCUGAAUAUGUAACAGGCAAUAUCUUCAUUGUUGAUGGUGGAGGUACCUUACCAGGCGUUCCCAUUUUCUCAUCGUUGUAGAAGAUGGAGUAAUAGUUUAGUACUGGUGAAUGUUCAGAUAGUCAGUCGACUGAACUACUGUGAUCUUUGCUUAAUAAUAUUGUUGGUUUUGUCUCAUUGUAUUAAACAUAUUAUUGUUAUAUUCUCCAAUUAAUUGAAAUGUAUGUCUACUUUAAAUAAA